AACCUAUCAACCUCUAACUUUACUGAGAGGCAAAUUUACUGAAUUUGAGGUGCUCUGUCCAAUGGUGUUGAUCGAUUUUUUCUAUUGCUCUUAUCGAAAGUUGAAAAAAAGGAAGCUAUUGAGUCAAGGAAGCUAUUGAGAUCCCACUCCACGCUAAUAGCAUCAAUAGAGGCAGAGGUAUAGAAAUCACUGAAGCUUGAACGACCCAACAACGACCAAACAGCCAAUCACAGCAUAAACCGAUAAACCAAUCACAGCACAGUUGAUCCGACGAACGKUAGAUAACACACUCGUCGCCUGAUCGAAACGUUCGCGUUCCUUGUACAAUGACCCCCAAUCGUGAGACAAUUGAAUGAAAAUAUCUUAUAAUUUCUUAUAUUUUGUUACGCUUUUUUUGUCGAAAUACUACGUUUGCCUUGCUUUUCGCUGUGUGGCUGUCAUGUUGCACCGUCAGCUGUUCUCUGAGUUCCAUUUUAUGGUGUACGUCAUUGUUGUUUUUUUGGUUUCUUUUAAGAUCUUUACAAAUUGUACUUAUCCGAAGCAUUUGUACUAAACGCACGAAGCUUUUAGUUAACUGCCGUUCGUACUAGAGCUAAGUGGGAAAUGUGUUACCAUGACAAACAAAUAGCUUCCUCCCUAGACCAAUCAAAUACCAAGAAACUGAUCAUCAACCAAUCAGCAUGUCGGUCUAACAGGGCAAGAUACGAUACAUGUACUUUACCUAUCUCUUAAGAAAAGUCUUUGGUAAAGAACAGGCUACCUUAAUAUUGGCUUGACUUUGGACAUAGGUACUACUUAAAUGCAAAGCUAAGGUUUUUAAACCAUUUUUUCAACUCAUUACAGAGAGUAGCACUGCMUUGUAGCUACUGCCGUAUAGCAUUGUAAGCUGCGGCAAAGAUUCUUUUUUUCAUUGUCGCACUGGAUUUUUUUCUCUUCAAGUAGUUGAUUCAAAUUUUACAUACAACGUAUACAAAAGUAAUGUACGACCUGAAAGAAUUAGAAGACCGAUUUGGGAAAUCCCARUUUAUUAUUGGUUUUUGUAUCUUUGUAUUUUCAAUUCUUGGUUCUCUGUCGAACAUUUUGGUGAUUGUGCUGGUAAUAUCUUCUAAACGGCUUCGCACUUUUGUCAAUGGCUUCGUUCUGUCUCUGGCUGUUUCCGACUUUUUGAUCACAGCGUUAUUGUUCGCAUACAUAGGAUUAGUGGAAGGCAGCGAGAUUACCAGAGCAUGGACCACAUUUGUAUUAACUUUUGCAUCCCUUGCUGAGUUUGGUAAUCUAUGUGCUGUGACAUACGAACGGUAUUUGGCCGUGGUGAAGCCAUUCCAGUACAAAACACGAAUCAAGAAGUAUUUUUGUAUCAUUAUACCAGUUGUGUGGCUUUCUUCCUUCUUGUCAAGUUCAUUGGUUUUCGUUCGACUUUCAGACAUCUCUCAGUCACUACUGAAGCCAUUUUUUCUAGCUUUAGUAAUAUUAUUUGUCAUUGUUCCUCUUGUUAUCCUCAUCUUUUCUUAUCUAUAUAUGUUUGUAAGUUUGGCCAAACAGAGACGAGUCUGCGAGAAUAUGGCACAGGGCCGAAAUCAAAUAGUUUUUCAGAGGAGAAAAAAACGAGAKGCGAAAAUCUUUAAAAUGUUCGCUUUGGUAACAUUGCUUUACUUCUUAAGCACAAUUCCUUUUAUUAUUUCCGAGACUAGUGAAAAAAUUGGAAAAUACAAACUUCCCGGCUCCAAGACCAGAUUAAGUCUUCUCAUAUCCCUCGCAGGGAUGGUGCUUUCUUCUUUGGCCAAUCCAUUCAUCUAUUCGUUCACCAAGCAAGACAUUAGACAGAAAAUGAAAAAGAUUUUCAAGAAGAUUCGAUGCUGUAUUCGUAUGAAUCAAGUUCAGCCGUACCUGCCAUGAACAUAUAGACAUGAAGGGACGCGAUAGUUAUCAGUUUCUAAGAACGAAAGUCGAUGCUUGCUGCCGAAGAUUCAGACAUACUGCUGUGCGUCAAGUUCACGUAGAACUUGUCAAGAUGGUUGAAGUCGGCGAAGACUGCUCGACUGAGGUGUGUCGAGUCUCACGCCUUUAAGAAGCUUUCAAAAACAAAAACGAAACAGCUUGUUGCCCGUAUCAACUGAAUGAAGGGAAAUUGGUCAAAAUCACAAACUGAUCAGGAAGCUCGGCCGAAGCCUUAGGGAGAGGUUAGUCGGUCCCAAGACCGAAGAUGAGAUGGUUAACCCCUUGCUAUGACCAGCAAACUGUGUCACUGAUGACUUAACACUCUGUCAAUCCUUUCCAAGUUGGACGCAUUUUGAAUAUCUAGCCGUGUUAUAUAUUAUUAAAUAUUUAUUACGCAAAAAUUCAGUUAAGGUAAAAUAUUAACUUGUUAUAUACUCCGAGUACCAACAAUACACAUGAAUAUACAAUGAGAUAUGGAAUAGCCGCAAAUGCGGCGCACACGCGUCAUGCUAUGAAGUUGGUGGGUGGGUCACGAAUAUUCUUCAAGUCGUUGGAACGAAUGUGCACAAAGGGAGUGGUGGCAAUUUUUAGGGAUUGUGGGAUAUCUAUUAUGUUAAUUUGGUGUUCUAUUUCCGGUACUUAGAAUGGAGGAUAUGAAACAAGCAAAACAGGAUGUGAAACAGGAUAUGAAACAAGCAAAACAGGAUGU